UGCGCGCAACAGCACCGCCGCGCCGCGGCCCCGAUCAGGAAGUGAAUUUGAAGAAAUAAGCGAGUGUGGUGGAGGUAGAAUGACAUAGAGGGGGAGAGGUGGGAGAGAAGCGAGCGGAGGAAGAAGAGACCAGCCGAGGGAGGAAUCGACCCCGUUUCUGGACCUGUAUCGAGCUGCUCCCCUCUUUGGAUAUAGGGCAUAACGCACCGCCAGAAAAUGCUCAUUAAGGAAUUUCGAGUGAUUCUUCCUAUCUCUGUGGAGGAGUACCAGGUUGGCCAGCUGUACUCUGUAGCCGAGGCCAGUAAGAAUGAGACGGGUGGAGGAGAAGGAGUGGAGGUGCUAAAAAAUGAACCAUACGAGAAAGAUGGAGAGAAGGGACAGUACACACACAAAAUCUACCAUUUGCAGAGUAAAGUGCCGUCAUUCGUGAGAAUGUUGGCUCCGGCUUCAGCUCUCAACAUCCACGAGAAAGCCUGGAACGCGUACCCAUACUGUCGCACAGUUAUCACUAACGAGUAUAUGAAAGAAAACUUCCUGAUCAAGAUCGAGACGUGGCACAAACCGGACACGGGACACCUGGAAAAUGUACAUGGUUUGGAUGCAGAAACCUGGAAGAAAGUGGAUGUCGUUUAUAUUGAUAUCGCGGACAGAAGCCAAGUGGAUUCAAAGGACUACAAGCCAGAGGAGGAUCCUUGCAGGUACAAGUCAGUGAAGACAGGACGAGGCCCUCUGGGACCAGACUGGAAGAAGGAACUUCCUAAGAAGACAGACUGCCCACACAUGUGUGCCUACAAACUGGUCACCGUCAAAUUCAAGUGGUGGGGCCUGCAAAAUAAAGUGGAGAGCUUCAUUCAAAAGCAAGAGAAGCGUUUGUUCACUAAUUUCCACCGUCAGCUGUUCUGCUGGAUUGACAAGUGGAUUGACUUGAACAUGGGAGACAUCCGCCGCAUGGAGGAGGAGACACGCAAAGAGCUAGAUGAGAUGAGAGUGAAGGACCCAGUGAAAGGGAUGGUGGCUCUAGAGGACUGAGGUCGUGUUGGACAGUGAAUGCGGCUGCUAAUCAGACCAGACUACCCAGAUACCAGCGGAUUCACAUGCUACGUCUAUUACCUACUACCGCAACGUCUGACCGGCUGGUCCAAAUCCCCACCCCCCACCCCACCCCACCCCACCCUCAUCCCUGGUACAAUCUGUUUUUUAGGGACCUGGACCCAGUGAAAUCCCAGUUUUCAGAUGAUCUCCACCACCACAUCCCGUCUCCCUUGAGCCCCAUCCAUAUUGUUUCCCCAUCUUAUUAAGUGCUCUGAGGCCUCCAGUAGCACUUUAGAUGAGUCCGUCUUCUCUUUUUCUCUCUCAGUGUCUAAACUACAGAGAAGGUUGUCAUUUAUCUCUGCAAUUUAGGAUUUAUUUGCCUCAGAUAACCCAGUGGUGUAUAUAGACAGUAUACCAUAUAUUGGGGAGCUGAAUAAUUGUAUUUAAAUAUAUAUAGACUUACAUUUAUAAAUAUACAUAUAUAAAUAUAAAUAUAUAAGGACAUGGUUUUUAAAAAUAUUUUUGUCUGUGGACGUUUGUUGUAAUUUUUUUCAGAACACGUUAUCUGUUCAGUGUUCAGUUAUGAUCCUGUGAUUCUCAUUAUUAUUUUUGGAUUUGUCAUCAUACCUCCUACUCUCCAUGUGGGACCUGCUAUAUGCAGUGUUUGCUCUCGUUGUUCAAACCGAUGUGCAACUCUAUAAACCACAGCUGUGAGGAUGAGGCUGUGCUGCUAAGAGGGUUAUUUUGUUUCUACUGUACUCCUGACCUGCCAGAUAGUAUCUUCCUUUAUAUGUUGAGGCAUCCAUUGGCUUUUCUGCUGCUUUGCGAGUUUCUGUGUGCGAGUGUGUGUGUGUGUGUACCUGUGUGUAGUUCUGUAGCGUUGUAAACUCAUCAUGGUUUCCAGCCAUGUUUUUCAUUUUUCACUCUCCAGAUCAUUUCAAGCUCAUCGGCUUCAACUGGUAGGGAGUGCAGUAAUUUAAACAUAUACACACACACACACACAUGCUAGUGCAAUAGAAAAGUGCAAAGCGACACACGUAUUGGACCGGCCAUAGAUGGGUCUUCACGUCCUUUUAGCUGCAAACUGUGUGAUUUAAACAUUAGCAACCUUCAUCAAUACACAGCUCCUGCCGCUUGCUGUAGAUAGAUACAUUAGUCAUUGAAAGUAAAACGUUAUGGGAUCUGCAUAAGUUGUUGCCCCGUCAGCCAUUCCGUCACCUCCAGUGGAUAAAUGGUCUUAUCCAGCAAUAGCAAUAACUACCAUGACACGUUGGGUUCCCUUUUAUCAUCACAAAUGUAACCUACGCUACUGUUUGCUCCUAUGCGGGAAACAGUAAUGCUCACGCUGAAGGUCAAGGAUGGUUUCGGUGUUGAUGAACUAAUUAUUAAAUGCUGGCUUUAUUGUGUUUGCCUUUGGAUGAGGCAGAUUUCUCUCCUACUUGAAUCUGAAGCCUGUUACGUGUAUUGGUGUUUUUUUCGGUAUUCGCAUGAGUGUACACGAGUGACGUACAGUAGUGUCUUUGAAAAGAUCUGAUGGUGGCUGGUGAAGAAGGGAGGAAGUGAUACAGCUGUGGAGUGACGUCUGUUAGGCCUCCUUUGACCUCAGUUACUCUUACUACCCGUCCUCUAUUUACCUUCCCCACACACCAUCUUAUAGACGCGUGGAACUUUAAAGAGCGAGCAACGGAUAAUGACGAAACCAUCAGAACGAGGAUCACACACACACGCGCACAUUUUGAUUGAAUGUUGAAGAGUAUGAAUAGCAGUUCCACCGAAGGGCUUUUCAAACGAAGACUGUAUCAAUUCCAGCUUGUAAUAAAAGGCCUGCAUUGGCCUAAUAUUUUAUUUUGUUUAUUUGUUAUUUGUUGUCCGGUCUGGAGCAGCUCGGUCUGGAAAAGAAAUCAGGAGAAGAAUUAAUAAUCUGCUAAAUUCAGUCUAAACUCUUAUCAUGACAGUGCACAGCAGAUAAUGAUUGUGUACAGGAUUGCUAUAAUAUCUUUAAAUAUUGGUGAUAGCACCCUGAGGUGCUCAUCGAAUUGUGGUGGAUUUUCUGUACAUUGCAGCAUUUACGCCAGUCUUCCACAGCCUCUUAAAUUGUGAUUAUAGCACACAGGUGAGAAGCAUUUAAACUACUUUUUACAGGAUGAUAUUUUACUAACGUUAUUGUGCGAUCAUCUCUCAGCCAAUUCAUGUAAAAUGUAUUUGACUUGCCAGGCAUACCAAAGGCGUAAAAACGGCCACUAAACUGCUCAGGGCAUUAUUGGCAACCGUUUAAGCAUAGAAGUUAAUACCUGCUUCCUCUUGGGUGACUUAUUUCAUAUCCCUUUAUUUCUGUAUGUGGGAUCAAGUUUUUUUAAUCUCGUUACUGCGUUUCUGUUGCCUCCCCUUUUAAAGAAAACGCUGGACCCGGAUGUCCGACCCUUCACCUCUGUGUGUGUCCAUCCAGCAUCUCACUCACUGUCUGUGACGGGGGGGCCAUCAACUGAAUCAUGGAGAUUUGUGGAUGUACUGUAUGUAUUGACUUUGUAAAUACUAAAUAAAGUAAUUUAGAUGAACACAUAUAUAUAUAUAUAGAUCAGACUGUCCUGCCAGACCGCCAUCGCGCCCUCCUGACACUCCAUCCUCUUACUCCGUCACAGACCACUCUGUACCAGUUGGGUUUUAUUGUGAGGAGUUGUAGAGUUUUGAUUGCUGAACUUUAAUGCUGGCAAGACAUUCAGAAAUAGCUAUAAACAUUUAAAAAGAGACACUCACAUAUUAAAGAUGAUCUUGCUGCAGGUCUUUAGGGCGUAGCAGCAAAGCAGUGAAGAGCUGCGUGUGGUUUGUAAUUGGAGGGGAAAAAAACACAUUUACACCCCGUUCGCUAUUUCCGCUCUUUCGCACGUUGUUUCUCCCCCACAGGGACCACGUUUUAUUGGCAGGACAGUGUAUAGAUAUAUAUUUUUGUUCCGAGUGUUGUCGUACCUCUGUUGUCGGUCUCUGAACUACACUCGCUUCUCUACGCGGAAAAGGAACAUGUAACGGCAGCCUGGGUCAGUUGAUUGAUCCACAUAAUUAGCUGAUGUGUCAGUCUCGGUGAUAAAAAAAAAAUUAAAAAAAGACGAUUAGAUGUGGUUGAAAACAUGCUGACACCAGGUCCACAGACCUGUGAGAGAACAGAGCGAAUCUCAUAGAUACUGUAUCUGUUGUUAGAUUCCUCAAUUUAUAAUCAGAAUAUGAAACCAAAUGAUUCCACCACCCCAAACUGUUUUAAAAAGUCUCUCUCUUGCUCUCUGUCACCCCUGUUAACUUGUCUCCCGUUUUUUCUUUUCUUUUAUUGUGAAUUUGUGCCUUUUUCGUCAUCUUCCAAUAACACUGCUGUACAUUGGAGACCUAAAGAAAUGAAUAAAAAGAAGCAAAGCAACUGUA